AUGGAAUGGCGUGAUGAACGAGCUGGAGAACUGAGAUAUGGGAGGGUGUGUGGUUUCGACAGUGGAAAGGAUAGAAAUAUGAGUGAGGCAGCUAAAAUAGUUAAUUUGUUGGUGUGGAUAGGGAAAUUUCGGUGGUGCCGCCUUAGAGGCGACUGUGGUGUGACUGGUGUCGACGUCGUGGAGAAGGUGGUAGUGAUGGUGAAGGCGUCAUUAGGUGGCGAUGAUUUUGGGCCAUAUCGGAGUCUGAUCUUCACCGCCGCAUAUAACCAGAUGGAGAAGGGAGUGCCCGUUGUUCCAGAAUCUGUACUUAAGAAGCAGAAGAGGAGUGAGGAAUGGGCUUUGGUCAAAAAGCAGGAGCUUGAGUCUGCUAAGAAGAAGAAGGCAGAGCAACGCAAGCUUAUCUACAACAAAGCCAAACAGUACUCAAAGGAUUACGAGCAACAGGAAAAAGAGCUAAUUCAAUUGAAGCGUGAGGCUAGGUUGAAAGGGGGAUUCUAUGUCAACCCUGAGCCUAAGCUGCUGUUUCUCAUUCGAAUCCGUGGUAUCAAUGCCAUGCACCCACAGACGAAGAAGAUUUUGCAACUUUUGCGUCUACGACAGAUUUUUAAUGGCGUCUUCCUAAAAGUCAACAAGGCAACAUUGAAUAUGUUGCACAGAGUUGAGCCCUACGUGACUUUCGGAUACCCCAACCUGAAGAGCGUGAAAGAAUUGAUAUACAAGAGGGGCUAUGGCAAGGUUAACAAGCAGAGGAUUGCUUUGACAGACAAUUCCAUCAUUGAACAGGUUCUUGGUAAACAUGGGAUUAUCUGCAUGGAAGAUCUUGUUCACGAGAUCAUGACUGUUGGACCGCAUUUUAAGGAGGCCAACAACUUCAUCUGGCCAUUCCAACUUAAGGCACCAUUGGGUGGCCUGAAGAAGAAGAGAAACCACUACGUUGAAGGUGGAGACGCUGGAAACCGUGAAGAUUAUAUCAACGAGCUUAUCAGGCGAAUGAACUAG